UGGGGCUGUGAAUGCCUCAAACCUGUCUUGUUUUAGUGUUUUACCUUUGAUGAGAUGCUGUUCAGUAUUUACCAGUAGGCUAGUUAUAUGUUACUGUGUAGAAUUCUGAAGUUAGCAGAAUUAAAAUGAGGGAAAAUACCUGCUAUUGUAUAUAUGAUAUUUUCCAGCCUUGCGUUGGUGAGAUGGAACCUCCUUUUGGGGAUGCCUUUGAGAACCACACUUUUUCUGAUCAAGUAUUGACCAGCACAGACCUGUUGGCUAGCAGUUCUGAUCCAGAUUUCAUGUACGAACUGGACAGAGAAAUGUCUUGCGGGCAAAGUCCUAGAAGUGAUGUCCUAUCAAUUGAGGUAUGCAAGGACAUAGAAGAAGUGCUGGACAGUGACCCAACAUAUAACUCAAACUUUGAACAGUGGGAUACAUACUGGGAAGACUUAACCAAGUACACAAAGCUAGCCAGCUGUGAUAUCUGGGGAACCAAGGAAGUGGAUUUUCUGGGACUGGAUGAUUUUUCUAGUCCUUAUCAAGAUGAGGAAGUCAUUGGAAAAACACCAACCUUAGCACAACUUAACAGUGAGGAUUCCCAGCCUGUUUCAGAUCUGCUUUAUCACCCUGAUCUGCUACCGAGUCAGAAGUCAAAUAUGCUUGCGUCUUCCUUAAGCGGGAAGAAAAUGGUGAGCAGGCUGCCGACUUCGUCUGCGUCUUCUGCGAGAAACUCCCUUCCAGAUGAUGCCGAAAGCUUUCAGAAAGCCACCAGGCCUGUACCCUCCAGCACAGAAACCAUCAGCAAAACUCAGAUACAGAGCGCUAAGGUCACAUCUUUUCAUUCUGAUACCAAGGGCUAUGUCAGGAAGGCUAAAGUCAGGAUCAAUACAGUACCACUCAGACCAGCAGUGGAGGCCUCACAGGUCCAGGCUGGCAUCACCAUUGGCUCUUCAUUUAGCGAGUGCAGAGCGGCAGUGCCUGAAAUGAAAGCUGAAAAGCAGAACACAGAGAUUGCAGCCACCACCGCUGCUCCCGAGAAAAGAACCCCCCUAGUGGAGAGCCAUGAGCUCUUCACCUCUCCUGGUGUGAGUCAGGGACUACUGCCCACCAAUGCCUUGGUGCUGGACCAGUCUCAGAAGAAGGAAGAGCACAACUACUCUCUCUUUGUGACGGAUGAGGGCAUGGAGGAGCAGCCCAAACCAGAGAUGGAGGAGGAAGAGGAGGAGGAGGAGGAGGAGGAGGGGAGGAGGAAAGAAGAAGAUCUUGAAGAGCAGGAGCUGGAAGAUGAAGACCAUGACGAAGGGUUUGGGAGCGAACAUGAGCUCUCAGAGAAUGAAGAGGAUGAGGAGGAAGAGGAAGAGGAGGACUAUGCGGAUGAUAAAGACGACAUGAGCGAUACCUUCUCUGAACCAGGGUGUGAUAAUGACCCAGCGGAAGGGGUGCCAGCUGGACUAUCCAGAAAGAGAGGCAAAAGAAGGUACUUCUGGGAGUACAGUGAGCAGCUGACACCUUCCAAACAAGAACGCAUGCUGAAGCCUUCAGAAUGGGAUCGAGACACCCUGCCCAGCAACAUGUUCCAGAAGAACGGGCACCUCCACGGGAAGUACACUGUAAAGAAGUCUCGCAGAACCGAUGUGGAAGACCUGACUCCGAACCCCAGAAAGCUUCUUCAGAUUGGGAAUGAGUUGAGAAAGCUAAACAAGGUGAUCAGUGAUCUUACUCCAGUCAGUGAGCUUCCACUGACUGCCCGGCCACGCUCUCGGAAAGAGAAGAACAAACUAGCUUCCAGGUCUUGCCGGCUGAAGAAAAAGGCACAGUAUGAGGCCAAUAAAGUGAAACUCUGGGGCCUCAAUACAGAAUAUGAUAAGCUCCUGUUUGUGAUCAAUGGUGUCAAACAAGAAAUUGUCACCAGAGUGCAUAUUCUGAGAGAGGACAAGGGAACCAGCAUGACUGAGAAACUUGAGCGGCUCAUUAAGGAAACUCUUGUGAGCUCUCCUGUAGGUGGGCAGACGUCGGACUUUGUUAACCAGAUCCUGGAGAAGACGGCUGGCGGAGAUCCAACAGGAGGCCUUGUGGGACUCCGCGUGCCGACAUCGAAAGUGUAACCUGUUGCCAUGGGCCAACAGGAGCCCGAGGCAGAGACAACCAUCCGCGCCAUUAAUGUGACACUGUAAUAUCAUAGUGUUUUGCAUGUUCAUUUACAUCAAGGAAUACAUCUACAAACGUAAUAUUUAGAACUGUGCAACAAAAAUGCAGGAUCUCUGCCUUUACUGUGUUUCUCGCCUUCUGUGCAUGUGGUUUGUAAGUGUCAUGUAGGAGCCACUCGUUACAAAUUAAGUGAAAACGAGAAAAAUUAUACCUGCCCAGGAAAAAGAAACAGCACUUUGGUGGGUAUGCUACAGAACUGAAACCUACAGCAAAUGCUAUCCAAAAUUCUUAGUAGUAUACAUAGUAAAUGCAAGAUAGACGGAGCAUAAAAAUUGCACGUGAUUUAGAUGAGUUGGAGAUUUUGUUGGCCGUUUAGAUUCCAGCCGAGUAGGAAAUGUCUACUCCUAGUUUAACAUCAGCCUUGUACUCUGAGUUAUGUAGUGUGAUUUUGGCAAUGGAAGGUUCCAUUAUUCCCUUUUAGCAUGUUUGGGGUCUGACAAAAGGGAAGGAGGUUAAGGAGAUGAUGGAGCAUAAAACUACCAUAAUAAAGUGGUUAGGCUAAUAGUUCAUAUAUGAGUGCUUGAAUAAAUGAACAAGAUGUUAAUUUUCUUCCAUACACUUUGGUUGAAAUCUUGACAUUUGGACUUUAUAGACAUUGCUAGUAUAGUGUAUAAAGUUUUAAAUUCUUGAGCUUAAUAUAUAACUUCAUGUGUAUGUACAAAGUAAUACUCAUUGUGCCUUGUAUUUAAUACAGAAGUUUAAGGAAAGUAUGCUUUUUACAAAAGAAAAAAGUCUUGAUGUAUAGUACAGAUGGCUAAUUUGUGGAUUUGUAAUGUAUUUUAGCUCUUUAAACUAUUUUGAAUGUACAUAGGAAUAUUUGGAAAUGUAGAUAUAUGCCACAGAGUCUGUGUAUUGUAUCAUAAGAUGGCUCUGAAAAUAACUUUUUGUUUUUGGUACUUUACCAUGAAAAACUAUUUGCACACUAUAUUUUGAUUGUUUGUUUGUUUUUUGUACCAAAGAUGAAUGCAACAAAAAUGGCAAAUAGCCAGUUUAAGUAAGGUUUUGCACAGCUUACCUGAUACCGUAUUGAAUGUAGAAAAAGUGGUAGGGUCAGGGGAAUUCAUUGAACUGUGAAUGUAUUGCUUGGGUCCAAUUCUCAACAGGAGCAUUCAAACAUACUUUAUACAGGUUUGCUGUUCCUGUUGUUGGCUGAAGUAGACAGGUUUGUUAGGAAAAGAGUUUGGGAUUUUUUCCUUUUUAAAUUACAUAAAUGCGGUAUAUAUUGUACUUACUUUUUAUAAAGAAAAGAAUAGAAUAGAAGAACCUGGAGCUUUCAAUGUACAUUUUAUUUAGCUUGUAAAAUAUUACCAGAAAUAGCACUUAAUGGAUUAUUGCGCAUGAUACAGUUCUAAAAAUCUACUUCAGAAAAAAAAAAAAAAACACAAAAAAAAAAAAAAAAAAA